ACUUCACCAUCAUACUUAUUCUUAGUGACAUUUGAAGAAGGCACAGACCAUCGAAGAGAACAAAAGAGCAGUUUGGUUGCCAGCCAUAUUUCGAAGAAGUGAUGAACAGUGAGGACGACCAUGACCAGGACUGGUCCUGCGAUGAGGAACCCUUAUUGUUGGAACAGGGUGUACGGCGGGACUGGUCCUGCCUUCCUCGUCUAGCAGUGAAUUUCAUAUACCGCCAACUUAAUGCCAUUGACCACACCCAGUUCCGCUCUGUCUGCAUGGAAUGGCGUGGACACACAAAAAAGCGGGAAAAGAUACCUCUUGUGAUUUUAGCAGACUUUAAUCAAGAUGGCACUCUGAAGGGUCUCUCCUUAUUCGACAUAAUCCGGAAGGAAGCCAUAGUCUGUUUGCAUCGUGCAACCUUCCUCCCUGUUAGGCAUGACUACUACCUUGGUGCUUCGCAUGGAUGGAUUUUUACAGGUCAAAUCGUGGUGCACGAGGAAUGUGAUUAUCCUUUUGAAAGUCACAGAGUAUUGCGAAUAAAUCUAAAUAAUCCCAUCACAGGCAGUCUCAUAAUCUUACCUCUACUUGGCCCUGAAACUAAACUUGGGGGGCGUGUUUAUCUCUUGGGACGACCAGAUGAUUUGGAAGUUUAUUUGACUGUGAUCUACUAUGUUGCCAAUGAAAAGGGUGCUGACGUGCAUUUCAUCAGGUAUGAAAAGGGUUGGCCAGACGUCCAAUGGACUACCUUUAGUCUUGAAGUCAAGCCCUGUGAUGUAGUUGCUUGCUUUGAAGGAGCACUUCUAUGCCUCCUAUGAAGGAGUAUUCCAUGAGGUGAUCUUGGAUACUGGCCAACUUGACAGGGAUCGGGGCUUUCUAAUAGCCGGUUCAGAUUCUCGUGUAAGAUCCAAUUCGGAAUUUUUUCUGAGAUAUUUUCAGAACGUGCAGGGGGAUCUCUAUUACAUAUUUGAGCCAUUUGGGAAAGAAAGCUCAUAUCCUUUAUUGAAAGUGAAUUUGGCAGAAUGGGACAGGACCCUCAUCAGCCCUCCUUUCUAUCUCGUUUUCUUCGAGGUGCGUAUUAUUGACAUCACUACAUCUAGCAUGGUCCGCAGACGCGCAGAGUUUUGGGGUGACGGAAUGCAUGGGUGGGAACCGGUUGGGUGGAUAACCCCGGCUUUAAACUAGACAAACAAAAUUCAGGUCGUGAGGUCAUUGCUUUUAAGGCAAGGUUGAGGUUACUUGAAUCAAUGUGCAAUCCAGUAUGUACUGGUGGUUACCAUGCGGAAUUGCACACAGAUGCAGUUGUCAAGCAAUGUGAGAUUGUCGAUGUUAUAGAAAUAAUUGGCUCGAAGAAAAUGACACCAUAUGAAAGGCCCCUUUAUCUUAAGAAUGGUGAUGUUGUCUUGUGCCGAAUUCGGGUGAACAACUCAAUACGCGUCGAGAAUUUCUCUGUUGAUCACCACCUUGGGAGGUUCACCAUUCAUUCUGCAGGAAAGACAACUGCAUUAGGAAUAUUAGUUGAACUUCCUCCAGUCGGCCGCUUAGCAUUUCCGUAUCCUGAAAAUUAUUAUCACGGUACACGUCCUUGAAUUUUCUAGGCCAAUCAUCAUGCAAUUAAUAGCGACAAUAUCACAUCCUGCUUGGUAUAAUUUAAUACCAGCUAGGCUAUGUGUAUAUAUAUAUAUAUAGUUCAGAAGAUAAGUAUCUAGUUUAGAGUUGCUAAGUCUUUGAAGAAGCAUUUAAUGGAAUUCAAUCCCAUAGCAGUAUCUUAUAGAGUUAUAUAUAUGGUGUUAGUAUCAUCUUCUCUGUAUCAAAGUCAUAUAGACAUGCCACAUGAUGUGAUGCUUAAUUUUCCAAGAGCU